AUGGAUUCCCAUUCCCAAUCUCAACAACAAACCCUAGACUCCACCCAGUUGUACCUCACCGCUGUCCAAACCCUCCAAUCCCAGCCCUCUCCCGCACCCUCGCCCUUCCCCCCACUCCCUCCCUCCCUUCCCCACUCCAAACUCAUCCCCAAAACCCGCUUCCUCGUCGACGCAUUCCGCCAUGCCGGCGACUACUCCCUCUCCUACUUCCUCUCCCACUUCCACUCCGACCACUAUACCGGCCUCUCCUCCACCUGGUCUCGCGGCAUCAUCUUCUGUUCUCCCGUCACCGCUCGCCUCCUCCUCCAAAUCCUCAACGUCCCUUCUCCCUUCGUCUUCCCUCUCCCUCUCCGUCAACCUCUCAUAAUCGACGGCUCCGAUGUCACCCUCGUUGACGCCAAUCACUGCCCCGGCGCUGUCCAAUUCCUCUUCAAAGUUCCCCGCGCCGAUGGAACCUUCCACAGGUACGUUCACACCGGCGAUUUCAGGUUUUGUAAGUCCAUGAUUUUGGAACCCGCUCUUGCUCAUUUUAUUGGUGCUGAUGCUGUGUUUUUGGACACUACCUAUUGUAAUCCUAAGUUUGUUUUCCCUUCGCAAGAUGAGAGUGUUGAUUAUGUUGCCGGUGUUGUGGAGAGGGUUGAGCGUGAGUGUGAUGGUAGGGUUUUGUUUCUUGUUGCUACUUAUGUUGUUGGGAAGGAGAGGAUUUUGCUCGAGCUUGCAAAGAGGUUUAAGCGGAAGAUACAUGUGGAUGCUAGGAAAAUGGAGGUUUUGAGGGUUCUUGGGUAUGGGGAGAGCAGCGAGUUUACGGUGGAUGGAUUGGAGAGUAAUAUUCAUGUUGUUGGGUGGAAUGUGUUGGGGGAGACUUGGCCUUACUUUAGGCCUAAUUUUGUGAGAAUGAAGGAGAUUAUGACUGAGAGAGGGUACUCCAAGGUUGUGGGUUUUGUUCCCACUGGAUGGACCUAUGAAGUGAAGCGCAACAGAUUUGCGGUUAAGUCGAAGGAUUCAUUACAGAUUCAUCUUGUGCCUUAUAGUGAGCAUUCGAAUUAUGAUGAGCUCAGGGAGUAUGUGAAAUUUUUGAAACCGAAGCAUGUUGUUCCGACCGUGGGUUUGGAUGUUGAGAAAAGUGACAGUAAACAUGCUAUCAAAAUGAGGAAGUAUUUUGCGGGGUUGGUUGAUGAGACGGCCAACAAGCAGGAGUUCUUGAGGGGUUUUCAUGGUGGCUCUGGUGAAGUGGAUUUCAAGGUUGAGAAUGAUGUUAGUGAUGGUCUGAAACAGGAGCAAUGCACAGAGAAAGAAGUCAAACCACCAGAAGCGGAAGGUGAUAAAAGUAUUAAUCCAGAAGUUGCUGAGAGUUUGUCCUCAUUUACGAGAGAAACUUGCAUGCAAGAUCACACUUUGCUGAAUGAUGAAGAAAAAGAGAAAAUCAUUCAAGAAAUUAGUUGUUGUUUGCCCACAUGGGUCACCCGAAACCAGGUGUUAGAUCUUAUCAGCAUCUCAGGGAGCAAUAUCGUUGAAGCUGUUUCUAAUUUCUAUGAACGUGAAACUGAAUUUCACGAGCAAGUGAAUACCUUUCAAACUUCUGAUUCAACAACCAAGUGCUGCUUAUUAAAUGACCCUGACUCGCUCUCAAAAUCAUGCCUUAAUACAAACAACACUUACAAAAAUGUUGACGUUUUUCCAAGUCAAGAUUCUAAAUUAAAUAACUUGAGGCAUACAGUACCGAGUCCCAUUUCUCCUGCUAAAAGGAAGAGAAGUAGUGACAGUAAGCCAAACAAAAAAGUCAAAGUCAAAGUCAAAGCAAAAUCUGAAUCAAGUGGUUCAAAGCAGUCCACGAUAACAAGUUUCUUCAGUAAAGCAAUUCCUGACAUGCCUGGUGGUACUCAAUCUGAUAAUUUUGGACCCAAACUUGACCAAAGCUCUAAAGUUGAAGACUUGUUGCCAACUGAUGUUGGAACAAUGUACAAGAAUGAGAUUGAUCAAUUUAUGCAAAUAAUAAAUGGGGAUGAAUCAUUAAAAAAAUAUGCCAUUGCUGUAAUUGAGAAGACCGAAGGAGAUAUCAAUAAGGCACUGGACAUGUAUUACUCUAAUUCUGAUAAACUUUGUGAAAAUGAAAUACCAGUUCAAGUGGAGUGCGAAAUUGAUAGACCCGUAGUGAAGAAAUGUGUGUCAGAGGAAGUGAGAGUUAUACCUGAUAUUUGUGAGCAGAAAGUCUUUAAAGAUAAUGUAGAUACUACUCAUUUAUCUCUACCCUGUGAGAAAUACAACCCUAAAGAACAUGCAUGUUGGAGUGAUGGACAGCCUGCACCAUAUUUACAUCUUGCACGAACCUUCAACUUGCUUGAGGGUGAGAAAGGAAAGAUAAAAGCUACUUCAUUGUUAUGCAAUAUGUUCAGAAGUUUGUUGGCCUUGUCUCCCGCAGAUGUGCUUCCUGCUGUGUAUCUGUGCACAAACAAAAUUGCAGCAGACCAUGAAAAUACGGAACUAAAUAUUGGUGGAAGUUUAGUCACUGCAGCACUUGAAGAGGCAUGUGGAACAAAUCGAUUGAAAAUAAGGGAGAUUUAUAACAAAUUUGGUGAUCUUGGUGAUGUUGCUCAAGAGUGUCGUCAAACACAGAGGUUGCUUGCACCACCUACACCACUUCUAAUUAACGAUGUUUUCUCUGCAUUACAAAAGAUAAGUGUACAAACAGGCAAUGGAAGCACAAUUCGGAAGAAAGGCAUAAUUGUUCAUCUCAUGCGUUCCUGUCGUGAGAAGGAGAUAAAGUUUCUUGUUCGGACCUUGGUCAGGAACCUAAGGAUUGGGGCAAUGCUUAGAACUGUUUUGCCUGCAUUGGCUCAUGCUGUUCUUAUGAAUUCUUGCCCUAGUUUGUUUGAAGAAUGGACUGCAGAAAAUCUGAAGGAGAAGCUUCAGGUCCUUUCUAUGGCAGUUGUUGAAGCAUACAACAUACUUCCAAAUUUGGAUCUCUUAGUCCCAUCCCUCAUGAACAAAGGCAUUCAUUUUUCAGUUUCAAGUUUAUCAAUGGUUCCAGGAAUCCCUAUUAAGCCUAUGCUUGCAAAGAUCACCAAUGGUAUUCCCCAAGCAUUGAAGCUAUUUCAAAAUAAAGCAUUUACAUGUGAAUAUAAGUAUGAUGGUCAGCGGGCUCAAAUUCACAAAUUAGUUGAUGGAUCAAUUCGUGUUUAUUCAAGAAAUGGGGAUGAAUCAACUUCAAGAUUUCCUGAUCUGAUUGACAUAAUUAAGGAAUCCUCCAAGCCUGUUGCAUCAACUUUCAUAAUGGAUGCAGAAAUUGUUGGUAUUGACAGAAAAAAUGGAUAUAGGAUUAUGUCUUUCCAGGAGCUAUCUUCACGCCGGAGAGGUGGCAAAGAUACGUUAAUUACUACAAAGAGCAUCAAGGUGGAUAUUUGCAUCUUUGUCUUUGACAUCAUGUUCGCAAAUGGAGAACAGUUAUUGGGUUUUCCUCUCCGCCUUAGACGGAAGUACCUGAAGGAUUUGUUCUAUGAUGAGAAACCUGGGUAUUUUGAAUAUGCAAAGGAAACAACAAUUGAAGCCGAUGAUGCUUGCAUAACCUGUGAAGCCACAUUAGCUAAGGUAAAUGCUUUCUUGGAAGAUGCAUUUCACUCUUCAUGUGAAGGAAUUAUGGUGAAAUCAUUGGAUGUUGAUGCUGGGUAUUCUCCAUCAAAGCGUUCUGAUAAAUGGUUAAAGGUUAAGCGAGAUUAUGUGGAAGGAUUAAAUGAUACUCUUGAUUUAGUACCAAUUGGUGCUUGGCAUGGAAAUGGAAGGAAAGCUGGAUGGUAUAGUCCAUUUCUUAUGGCAUGUUUCAAUCCUGAAACUGAGGAGUAUCAAAGUGUAUGUCGUGUGAUGUCUGGAUUCUCAGAUUCAUUUUACAUAGAGAUGAAAGAAUUCUUCUCUGGGGACAAAGUCUUGUCCAAAAAGCCACCAUAUUAUCAUACAGGAGAGGCACCAGACAUGUGGUUUGGUCCACAACUCGUUUGGGAAAUAAGGGGAGCAGACUUUACAGUAUCUCCAGUUCAUCAUGCUGCCAUUGGUUUAGUUCAUCCGUCUCGUGGUAUCUCAAUCAGAUUUCCAAGAUUUAUUCGCUGUGUCUCAGACAGAAACCCAGAAGAAUGUAGCACGGCUGCUGAUAUAGUUGAAAUGUUUCAUUCCCAGACUAGGAAGAUGGAUGUCCCUGCAGCUGAAGAUUGAAUAUUGAUUUGUUUUACGGUAAUGAUUUCUAGGUAUCGGCUUACUGAAGAUUUUGAUGGUUUAUAUGUACAGUGUAGAAGUUAUUAACGAAAAAUCUAUUGGCUUGUAGGCCUCAUACAAAUGUAGCUUUAUGACAUGGCACUUAUUCUUCCCAUAUAUAGCUUUAAUAUUAAUACGUUGAUUAAUCUACUUGCCAAGCCUUAUCACAAAUGGCGACCACUUUAGUCUUUACUGUUGUUUGUCCUGCUGGUCCACAUGGAAAAGGAGGUGCAAAUGUUAUUUUUG